CGGAUGACAUUAUUUGCGUACCACAGGAAACACGUGAUCUGAGCAACAGUGGAAGUUUGAUACGAUUUUGUUUUGUUAUUCUGAGAAGAGUUUCUUUCUUUUUUGGGGCAAUGAAUGUUUAAUUUAUGUCGACCGAAUCUUUAACAAUGAGCAAAGAAAAGCGACACAAGAGGAGGGAGUCUCCUGAGCGGGAAACUAAAGUCAGAAUAAAGCAGGAAAGAGUGAGUCCUGUUAGGCCACAGAGAACACGCCGCUCCCGCUCCAGGUCCAGCGGCAGCGCCAGUCCACCGAGGAGAAGAACCAGCAGAUCGCCUGUGAGGACGAAGGAGAGACGCCAAGCUUCUCCCGCCGCUCGCAGCAGGUCUCCCAGACACAGAAGAAGCCGCAGUCCACACCGCGGUGCCGAGCUCACGAUCAAACGCGAACGAGAUGUACACCGGAGUGGUGAUGAGAGGAGGAGAAGAAAUGACCCUGUGGAGGAAAGAAGGAGCAAAUGGGAAACAGACAGGUCUCGUGAAAGAGGAAGGGACGGAGACAGGUCACGAGACAGAGAGAGGUCAAGUGACCGAAACCGUGGCAGAGAGAGGAGGGGGGACAGAGAUGCAUUUGCCUCUCAGCAAGCCGAGCGGCAACAGCAUGACGAGCGGCGGAGGGAACAUCGUCAAAGACGUGAGGAAAACCAAGAACAUGAGUUUGGACAAACUGAGGAAAGCAAUGAGAGCUCAGCGCCUCCUGCUGACAAAGAGAAGCCAAACUUUGAGCUGUCUGGAGCUCUCACAGAAGACACAAACACAUUCAGAGGAGUGGUCAUCAAAUAUAAUGAACCACCAGAAGCUCGUAUUCCCAAGAGGAGAUGGAGGCUGUACCCAUUUAAGAAUGAUGAGCCCCUCCCGGUCAUGUACAUUCACAGACAGAGUGCCUAUCUGAUGGGACGAAUGAGAAGAAUAGCUGAUAUUCCUAUUGACCACCCAUCCUGCUCAAAGCAGCAUGCAGUUUUUCAGUAUAGACUGGUGGAGUACACUCGGGCAGAUGGCACGCAUGGGCGCAGGGUGAGACCUUACAUCAUUGACUUGGGCUCUGGCAACGGUACGUACCUGAACAAUCAGCGCAUCGAGCCCCAGCGCUACUACGAGCUCAAAGAGAAAGACGUACUCAAGUUUGGCUUCAGCAGCAGAGAGUACGUCCUGCUGCACGAGUUCUCCGACACCAGCGAAGUGGACGCUCAGCAGCGCGAGGAGGAGGAUGAAGACGAGGGGGUUGAUGAGGCAGCCCAAGAACCAAAUGAGUGAUACUCUGAACUUUCUCACUGAAUGUGGGAUUACAUAAUGGCUGGUUAGUAUGUUCUAUAAUAGCCUAACCUGCCACAGUUGUCUCAAAGAAGACUUCUACUUCUCAGGUUGUGUAGUCUGAGUAGUCACAGUAGAUUACAUUUGGUGCCACAUAAAUCAAAGUGUAUAUUUUUGGACCUUGGCACUGCUGUACAACAGACUGGAAAUAAUUACUGUUCAUUCUCAUUUGUACAUAUGGACUGUAACCCUUACUGUCACACUUUACAUAACAAAUGUUGCUUUUUUUGCAUUGUAAUGUCAAAGUUGUUGGAUCUGUCCCUUCACAGUGGAGUGAGUAUUUAAGACUUCCUCUUUUAUUUUGGUCCACUUGGGCAUUGUAAAUCAGAUUUUUUGUACUAUAAAUAAACCAGUGGAACAUUUUAA